UCCGUUGGGAUAGGAUUGUCUCGUCCAAUCCAACCAAAACACACGCACACGAAGACCCAAGGAAGCCCAACUCCGAGAACACCACCAGAUCCACUUCCCCUUGUAGAUCUCUCUCGGUCACAGUCUCACCGUUUCCAUUUCCACUGUAAACCCACAUGCUAUCUCCAUCUCUCACAGUCACACUCCUCCUCCAACCCUAGCUUCUCUCAUCCAUCGCAUUCCAUUCCAAACCCACCACUUCUCCCGUGUAAAUAGAACCCAAAGCCUUUCUUGCUGUACAGCUAUGCGUUACGUUUAUAAAGAUCCAAACUUGACGGCACCGGUGGGAUCGCUGCGGUUCGUGCAUUGACACUUAGCUCUUAGCUCCUCCACCAAUGGGCUCCACCCAGUCCGUACCAGUAGUCGAAGACGACGAAGACGAAGAAGAAGAAGAAGAGGACGAUAAUGGCGAACCCAGUAGGCGAGAAAUGGAGAAGCACCUGGUGAAGAAGGUUCUCGAACAAGAGCCCGAGAUUCUGCCGUGCCACGCGUCCGCAUCCCCUCUAUCUCCGCAGCUCUCCUCGCUCGGGACCCCGCGGCUCGGCCCGUCGAUCAAGGUCUGGGACCCCUACAACGUCCUGGCCCCACCCCCGCCUCUCCCGCCGCCUCCCCCGGUGUUCUCUACGUCGUAUGCGAUCGCCGACGACGUUGAUCGGACGGUCUUGGAGGUCUUUCUGAUCAGCCACGGCGAGUGCGAGGUCAACCUCAGGCCCGAUUUGGUCACCGGGAGGUGCCCCGAGGCCGCUUUGACGUCGACCGGGAAACGGCAGGCCAGGGCCUUGGCCGUGUUCCUCAAUUCUCAGCGGGUGAGGUUCAACGCCGUCUACUCCUCGCCGUUAAACCGGGCUCGCUCAAUGGCGAUUUCGAUCUGUCAGGAAAUGAAUAUUGCGGAGGAACGGAUACAAUCCUCAGAUGCAUUAGUGGAGAUGAGUCAGGGGCUUUGGGAGGGCUGCCUCCGAUCAGAAGUAUAUACACCUGAAACUUUGAGCUUCAUUGACAGAAUCCAGCCUGAUUUCUCUGCACCAUCUGGAGAAUCACUUCGGCAAGUGGAAUUCCGGAUGGUUCAGUUCUUAAAUGGGACUGUCCUUGGACUGCCUGAAAAGUUGAGAUCAGAUUUUCCCUCAAACCAGCAGAAUGAGGGCCAAGGGUUUUCACACCACAAUUCCCAUACUCUGACCAACUCCAUUCAUGACCGAGAUGGGCCUUCCCUCCCACCAGCCCAGUGGGAUUUGCUUAGCCGGCACCGGCAAGGGCUUUUGAGGAAGAAGUCUGGUAAGAGCAGGCUACAAUUUGUGACUACUGGAGAUCAUGAGGCUGAGGACGAGAUAUCUCCUCGGGAUUCCAACCACCAAAGUUCCCUUCAAGAUUUAAGCAGCAGGACCUCUUGUAUUGGUGUUUUCACUCAUUCGCUACCAAUUAAGUGUGUCCUCACAGGCCUUCUUGGGUGCAGCCCAAUAAUGUCACAUAAGAUUUGCAUAGAAGAUUCUUCGGUGUCAGUGUUGCAGCAUUCAUGGAAAACAGGUUGGCAGAUAAAAAGGUUGAACGAUACUGCGCAUCUUAGGCUCCUUUAGUUGGAGAAUUUUGCCUCACAUGGAAGUUUCUAAGAGGUGGUAAUUAUCGCCCAAUUCUUGCAUUAUUGUGAUUUAUGGAUAGAACUUGUAUGUUCAUUAUUUUACAUGAAAAUUGGCACACCUUGUUGUAAUCUUCAAUCUAUUUAUUUCCCGAUUCAACUCCAAAGAAAAAAGAAUUGUUCUGGUAGUUGGAUCUUUGUAUUGGGUGAUUCUUUUAAUUUGUAGCAUUUAUCAAGAGUUGUUAUCAUAGAGUGAAAAAUCAUGUAAUUUCCUGUGUUGGGAGAAAAAUAAGCUUGUUCAGUACUUAAAGAACUUCGAUGAA